CUGUUGAGGAAGCUCUGUAUAAUCUGUAGAGAUAAGCUUAAAAAAGAACAGUACUCUCUCUGUUUAUUUAUUUAUCAUUUGCUACGUUAGGGUUUUCAUUUUUUGGGGAUUCAAAUUGUGCAAGGUCUGGUAAAUUUUCAUUCCCAUGUUCUUCAGUUCUUAUCCAUCAAUUGUCUCAUAUCUCUAACAUGUGAUUUUAUCUUUAUCUAUAUCAGUGUGAUUCUCUCUAACAGUAUAUUUUGUUAUCAGCUGAUUAUAUUUCAUCUGAAUCUAUUCUAUUCCUUUCCUCUUUUCAUCUGUUUGUCAAAGAAACUUGUUUCCUUAUCCACACUAGCUUUGAUUCACUCGUCACUGUUAAGUUCUUCUAAGAAUUUUCUUGAAACUUCUGUUUUUUGGUUUCAUUUUGGUUCACAAAACUUACCUUUAAUUGUGAACUUUGUUUCUGGGUUAAUUUGCUUUUGCUAGUUGGGUUUUGUGGUUCCAUGAGAGUUAUCUUUUCUGUUUGUAUAGUGAGAAAGCUAUAAAUAUAAUAUGCUUUUGCUAGUUGGGUUUGUGGUUUCAUGAGAGUUCUCUUUUGUGUUUGGAUAGAGAGAAACAAGGUUUUCCUCUGCUUGGCUUAUUAGGGCUACGUAAAUAUACAUAAUCAGUGGGGAAAAUGGUGUCAAGGUCAUACUCAAACCUCUUGGAGCUUGCCUCCGGCGAGACUCCGGUGCCGUCUUUUUCCCGGAUGGGCCGGAGAAUUCCCCGGAUUAUGACGGUAGCCGGGAUAAUGUCAGAUCUUGAUGAUGACCCGUCUGAGAGUGUGUGCUCGGACCGGUCAUCGUCAUCAGUCCAUCGGGACAGGAUAAUCAUUGUAGCCAAUCAGCUGCCAAUUAGGGUUCAAAGGAAAACAGAGAAUGGAAAGGGGUGGAUUUUCACUUGGGAUGAGAAUUCACUUUUGCUUCAAUUGAAAGAUGGGUUGGGUGAUGAUGAAAUUGAUGUUAUAUACGUGGGUUGUCUCAAAGAAGAAAUUCACCCAAAUGAGCAAGAUGAGGUCUCACAGAUACUCCUUGAGACAUUCAAGUGUGUGCCCACUUUUCUACCCUCUGAUCUGUUUACUAGAUACUAUCAUGGGUUUUGCAAACAACAAUUAUGGCCAUUGUUUCACUAUAUGUUGCCCCUUUCACCAGAGCUUGGUGGUCGGUUCAAUCGGUCACUAUGGCAGGCCUAUGUUUCGGUUAAUAAGAUUUUUGCAGAUAGGAUCAUGGAAGUGAUUAAUCCAGAAGACGAUUUCGUGUGGGUUCAUGACUAUCAUCUUAUGGUGUUACCUACCUUCUUGAGGAAGAGAUUCAAUAGAGUGAAACUCGGGUUUUUCCUCCAUAGCCCCUUCCCUUCGUCCGAGAUUUACAAGACUUUACCCAUAAGGGAAGAGCUUCUGAGAGCGAUUUUGAAUGCCGAUUUGAUUGGCUUCCAUACCUUCGACUAUGCUCGGCAUUUCCUCUCGUGUUGUAGUCGGAUGCUUGGCCUGUCAUAUGAAUCCAAAAGGGGUUACAUAGGCCUCGAGUACUAUGGUCGGACCGUGAGUAUCAAAAUCCUUCCUGUGGGUAUUCACAUGGGACAGCUUCAAUCGGUUUUGAGCCUUACAGAGACUGAACAAAAGGUUUCUGAGCUCAUCAAGCAGUACUGUGGACAAGAUAGGGUAAUGCUUCUAGGCGUUGAUGAUAUGGACAUUUUUAAGGGUAUUAGUUUGAAGUUAUUGGCGAUGGAACAACUACUUAUGCAGCACCCGGAGUGGCAAGGGAAGGUCGUUUUAGUACAGAUAGCGAAUCCCGCUAGGGGCCGUGGCAAAGAUGUAAAAGAAGUUCAAGCCGAGACAUAUUCAACCGUGAAGCGAAUUAAUGAAGCCUUUGGUAAACCAGGGUAUGAGCCUGUCGUCUUGAUUGAUGAGCCCCUUAAGUUUUAUGAGAGAAUUGCUUACUAUGUUGUUGCCGAGUGUUGUUUGGUUACAGCCGUCAGGGAUGGAAUGAAUCUCAUACCGUAUGAAUACAUAAUCAGUCGCCAAGGAAACGAGAAAUUAGACAAGGUUUUGGGGUUGGGGUCGUCUACGCGAAAGAAGAGCAUGUUGGUUGUGUCUGAGUUCAUUGGAUGUUCUCCAUCUUUGAGUGGAGCAAUUCGGGUCAACCCAUGGAAUAUUGAUGCCGUUGCAGAUGCAAUGGACUCUGCUCUUACGAUGGCUGAAGCAGAGAAACAGAUGCGGCACGAGAAGCAUUAUCGAUAUGUGAGUACCCAUGAUGUCGGGUAUUGGGCUCGUAGUUUCCUCCAAGAUUUGGAGAGGACGUGCAAGGAUCAUGUGCAGCGGCGGUGUUGGGGUAUUGGGUUCGGAUUGAGUUUCAGAGUUGUUGCACUCGAUCCAAAUUUCAGGAAGCUAUCGAUGGAGCACAUAGUUUCUGCUUUCAAGAAGAAUAGAAAUAGGGCAAUCCUUCUAGACUAUGAUGGCACGUUAAUGCCUCAGGCUUCAAUUGAUAAGGGCCCAAGUUCUAAAACCAUUGAAAUCAUAAAUAGUUUGUGUAGAGAUAAGAACAAUAUGGUGUUUAUCGUCAGUGCCAGAACUCGUGACAAACUAGCUGACUGGUUUUCUCCGUGUGAAAAUCUUGGAAUUGCAGCUGAGCACGGCUAUUUUCUGAGGCUGAAGCGGGAUGAAGAAUGGGAAACGUGUGUACCGGUGGUAGAUUGUAGUUGGAAGCAGAUUGCAGAACCGGUUAUGAAGCUUUACACAGAGACAACUGAUGGGUCCACGAUUGAGGAUAGAGAAACGGCAUUGGUUUGGUGCUACGAGGAUGCAGAUCCUGAUUUUGGAUCGUGCCAAGCUAAGGAACUUCUUGAUCAUCUUGAAAGCGUGCUUACCAAUGAGCCUGUUACAGUCAAAAGCGGGCAGAACAUUGUGGAGGUCAAGCCACAGGUAUGAAUUAAUUACUUAUAGAACAAUUAUUCAUGUAGUUUGUCUUUGGUAUUUGUAUCUCCAAUUGGUUGGGGUGGAUUGAGGGAAGACAAGAAGUGUUUUCGGAAAAUGAAAACAGAAAACAAAAACAGAACCAAACAGAAGUUUCUUGCAGCAUAACCCAAUAUAACCUUGGUUUGUGUUUCUUGGUCCAAAUUCAGGUGGGAUUGGGUUAUGCUGCUUUUCUUUAGUUGGUGUCGAUGAGAUAUUCUCUUUUGUGCACUUCAUCCAUGCUAUUGUCCCUGUCACUAUGUAAAUGAUAUUAUGCAGAUAGAAUACCAGACAUGAAACAAUUUACAAAAAGUUGGUCUGCUUAGGGAAGAAACAAUUGACAUUAAUUAGUGAUCAUAGGACUGUUCUCUAAAUUUUGCUAAGCUAACAGAGUCUUAGAUUUUCUUGUUGACAAGAUAGAUACUAUUUUUGUUUAGUAUCAUAUAAUUAACAUAAAUUAGGCAAGACUUGAUCAAGCCUGAACCUUUCGAUUGGGCUUUCCAACCCAUACCCAUUUUUCUGCAACAUCAAUGCUUGUUUGGCAUGUUGGAUAUUAGUACACUUUUUUUUUUUUUUAAAUCUUUAUAUCU